AUGUUUGAUCCAAAACCAACUAAAGUCCGUGGGGGUAAAGGGUUAAUUUGGGAUAAUAUUGCUAUUUUAUUGAGAUAUUUAUUAAUGCUUUUAUUUAAUAAUUCACUUGAUGUUGCUUUACAUUUAUCAUUUUUAUUUCAUAUUGUUACAUUACUUGUUCGCACAGCUUCUUUAACAUUACGUGCAUCAACAUGUGAUCUUGUUAUAAAUAUUUUAGAUUCAUUAUGUACAUGUUCUUAA